AUGACCGUGGAAACUAACGACGGGUUAAACUCAGAACGUCACGUCAACACCUCUUGCUGUUCCAGAGCUGGCUGCUCUCCUCCUGCUAUCACUCACUGCUGCAACAUCUGUGAACCAGAGUACUCACCGUUUCUUACCAACGAACACAUUCCAACAAGUCGACCAAGGAUGAAAAAAUUGAAGGAUUAUACUCGAGGAGAAGCUGAGGUUGAGUUGCGAAGGGUAAUAGCUGUUGAAAGGGACGCGUGGUUUCUUCGGAAGUUGGGCCCUCAUGCGAUGCUCAUGCCUGAAGCUCUGUGGCCUGACAGUGCAGUAGACGCUAUCGUCGACUGGGCACAUGAGGGCAAGUUGGAUACUGUCGAAAGCUUCUGCAAUCUCAUUACAUGGGCCUAUGCAGAGGAGCUGGCACCGAAGCUGUUGGAAAAAAUCCGGGCGUACACACCAUCAUUGCCAGCACCUCCUCCGCCUCCCCUACCACCUCCUUCUCCGUUCAUAUCUACCGCCGGAAAAUUGCACCGGGACGUUGCAGUUGCUGUCAAACCGUGGGUCAUCGCAGUACGUGGAAUGCUUAGUGUGAUUUUCAAACUCUAA